UCUCUCUCUCUCUCUCUCUCUCUCUCUCUCUCUCUCUCUCUGUCUCUGUUUAUACAGAUAGAUACAGAUAGAUAGAUGUACACAGAUACAGACUUGUGCUUGUGGAGUAUAAAUGUAAGAGCAUGAAGCACAGUGUGUCUCUCCCCACAGGCACCUCCCGCCUCGCGCCUUCCUUCCUCCCGUCUCCCGGAGUGUACACACCUGCACUCUUGAGGCUGCUGGCGAGAAGAACUGUGUCCCAAGCCCUCCACCAUGGCCGCCGCUCCGAAAGUUUGCGUCCGUCGCGCGAAGCUCAUCUUCCUGAUGGAGAACGCAGGCAAGGACGUCUUGACCUUCGUGUUGAAGCGCGGCGCGCUGAACGCCCCCCGCCACGCCGCCAGGCCAGUCCCUCAUUGACUACCUUGACAACCUCCCUCAAGGCUCGACAGCCAACUAUGGCAGGAUGAGUAACAAACAAAAGAAAGCAGCAGUGAACCACAGUUCAGUGCUGCUUAUCCUCUGACGUGACUACUUUAUUCAUUAUUUUUUGUAUCAUCAGCGAACUUAGAUACUUUACAGGUGAGGUCCUCAUCGAUAUCAUUAACGUAAAUAAGGAAAAGAACAGGGCCGAGCACAGAUCCCUGUGGUACACCACUUAAAACUUCUCGCCAGUUUGAAAAUGUACCAUUUAAAACAACGCGCUGCUUUCUCUCAGACAGCCAGUCUGAGACAGCCAAUUGAGAAGUUUUCCAUUUAUACCAUAUGACUUCAAUUUAGCUAGUAGCCGGAACUUUGUCAAAAGCUUCUUGAAAAUCUAGAUACACUAAAUCUACUGCCUUUGUUUCGUCGUACAUGGUGAAAAUAUCAUUAAAGAAAUCAAGAAGAUUAGUUAGACAAGAACGUCUGUUUCGGAAGCCAUGCUGUGAGUCAUUGAUUAAAUCAUUUAUAUGUAGAUAGUUCACUACAUUGUUGCAAUUUACUGUUUUCAUCAGUUCACAUACUACAGAUGUAAGGCUGAUAGGGAUGUAGUAGGAAGAAGAGGAGGAGGAGGAGGAGGAGGAGGAAUAAGAGAACGAAGAGAAAAAGGAGAGCUAGAAGGAAGGCGAGAAAAGGAGGAGGAAGAGGAAGAUGAAGAGGAGGAGGAAGAAGAACAAAAAGACGAGGAAAAGGAGAGCUAGAAGGAAGGCGAGAAAAGGAGGAGGAAGAGAAAGAUGAAGAGGAGGAGGAAGAAGAACAAAAAGAAGAGGAAAAGGAGAGCUAGAAGGAAGGCGAGAAAAGGAGGAGGAAGAGGAGGAGGAGGAGGAGGAGUUAUCUUUAUCAAUACUAUUAUGGAACAGUGAAUAAAGAAAUUAAUAAACAGAUAAGUAGUGUGUGUGUGUGUGUGUGUGUGUGUGUGUGUGUGUGUGUGUGUGUGUGUGUGUGUGUGUGUGUGUGUGUGUGUGUGUGUGUGUGUGUCCAGGCAGCACACAGGUGCACAACACUCGGCCAUUACAGGAGUCACCUUGAGA